GUGGCGACUGCGCAGUUUGUGAAGACUAGUAUGAGCUCCCGCAGCCUCUCCGCGGUUCUCCGCAGCAGCUCCGUGGCGUCGCGAGCCAUCUCCCUCCGAGGCGGACACCAUCAUACGCCCCCUCCUCCUCCGUUCGCUCGUCUCCCUGUCCCGUCCGGCAAGCCCAUCCCGUUGAACCGUGAUCUCGUGUGGAGUGACAGCGUUGCCCCGGAAUUGGUCCUGGACUUCGAUUCGCCACACAUCUCCACGUCCAAGGCGUUCUGGUCGUUGGUGGGUGCGUUGUCGUUGGUCACUGCCUUCCUUGGUGCGGUCACGUUGUCGAACCCGGACAGUUCGCGCAAGGCCGCCAAGCGCGGCGACCAUUUGCCCGACUUGCGAUGGGAAUUCGGCCAAAUCGACGAACCGGAAGGCGAAAUCGAACCGUUGGAAUAAACCUGCGUGUUAAUACGUCGCCUGCUUACAUGUGUGAUGAUUAUCCUUUGUGUGUUUUCGUCCGAUCUCGGACUGCAAACGAUGUUUUAUGCCUCCCGUCCG